GGGCACAUCAUGAUUCUUAACCAGCUCGGCUCCUUCGUGUUCGGGAAAGUCAUUAGUUACCCAAGACUCGACUCCAGGCAAAUGCAAAUGCAACUGCCCAGGUCAAUUACAGAUGAAGGAGGGCUUUGUUCAACAGCUGUGCAAGAUGGAUGAGCUUACCAACACCCUAUCAAGUGAAAUGGUAGUCUGGAAUUUAUGCAGAUAUUACUACUGCAUGAUGAUGAUCAUGACGAUACGAAAGGCUUACUGGCUUGGGUUUGAUCUGAAGGGGGGAUACCCAUUGUAUUUGAGUUUGCAGUCUGCACUCAUUAUAAUUUCCGAGGUUGUUUUGAUAUCUAACUAUAUAGUAGUUCUUCUCUAUCAGCAUGACGAAGAACUACGAGGUCUCAAAAACAUAUAUGACGCGUCUCGCACAGUCUGUCUGCCUCAUGUCUCAAACAUUCGGUUCAUACAGGUUCCCAAUUUUUGGAUUUUCCUCAGGCUUGGAUGGAGUGUGAUGAUUAUAGAUAUUGUUACCCCUGAUGAUAAGAUGUGAGUAAUAAUUUACGGUGUGCAUAGCGCCGAGUAGAACUGUAUUUGGUUAUACAAGAGUUGUGUAGGUUCCAAGGUUGGGAAAAC